GGGGAGAGCGGGUAGUAACCCGACGUAUGCAGUGCGAAACAAGCGCACAGCAGAGGGAUGAGGCGCGGAGGACGACAUGGUUGACCGAUAAGACGGAUUUACAAACGGGUUUUUGACUCAUACAAUGCAACAUCUCGCCUAUCACAAAGCACAGUAUCGCCACUGCUUGUAUUUGAAGCAUGGAUAUAUGUAUGGUGAUUGGAACGACACGGGUAUAAAACCCCUGAAAAAGAUUUAAUGGAGAAAACAAGAGCAGUCCCAUUAAGAUGACACGCACAGACCCACCUGACAUACUGGUAUCAACUGUGUAUCAAGACAUAAAAGUGAAAUCCCUUUCCACGCACACCCAGUCCUCCCGUUCCUCUGAACAAUGUAAUUCCCCACCCGCCAGCACACUGGAGGACAAUCGCAACCAAAAGAGCAAAAAGAGGCACUGCCGCAGUUCUGAUCUUGCCGGGUCACUCGACAGACCCAAAGUAAACUCCCAUUCCAUGGAGUACCCACACAGGAGGGCUGACCGCUACGUAGCCCACCCAGAUGUAGCCUGGAAUGCCUUGGGCCGCCAGCAAGGCCAAUACCGCUUCUCCUCCCCAGAGCUUUACAACCACAGACUGACAGCACAGCAAAUCAGUGCUGAAAUGGCCAGCGAAAUGGCCAUGGUGACAGACAUGAGAGAAAAGAGGAGGGCACGGUCGAAAAGUGCCUCGAGGGCACAGACUAGCCUGACACCUGUGUCCUUUGAGGGGUCUCCACCAGUCGGCCGACGGGGAAGAGAGACCCAGAGGUCUCCCCGUGGAGACACCAAGUGGAAGCCUGAGGUCUCGCCACGCAGGGAGUGCUCCUUCGCUGCAACCAGGGCACUCAUGAACGAGGUUCACCCUAUAAAACUACAGCCACAGCAAACCGACACCAGCCGGUACUCUCCAGUGUUCCCUCCAGAGGGGGGCCUUGACGACGGCCGGACCGACAAGCCUGCCACCAGCCCUCACGUCAGGUGCAGGGUGGACAUCAAGCCAGACGAUGCAGCUGCUGCUGCGCACCAGUCUGGAAGAAAACAUUCAACGCCCAGGAUGGAUAUACCUUGGCAGAGGUACACUAGUGGACACAGCAGGAGUCUUACGGUGCCCCGCCAUUUUUCGCUGUCUAGGACCCCAACCCCGACAGAGUCUUUCACUGGCGAGUACCGGCAGCAGGCGUACCAGUAUUCCCACAGUAUGCCAAACAGUUACAUGCAUCCUGUGGAGAUACAAAUGCAACGGAUGCCUUCUCCAAGGGAGUCGAGGGAGUACUACAGAAGGGAAAGAAGGGCUCAUUCUAGCCCCAAUGUGCCAACGAAAUUCUUUUAUGCAGAGGACAUGGGGAGAUAUGCUAACCCUGUGCCUCCUCCAGAAAGGACUUACUACCAUGAGGACCACUUCAGCAUUCCCAGCCAAAAUGUCAACCCAAAAGUCCAGUAUGUGCAGGAUCCAAGGACUCGACUCGUGCAUACUGUGCCUGCCAGGCCAUAUUUUGCCGAAAUAGACCCAAGCCAGUAUCCGCCACAGGUUUAUCAGAAACAGUAUACUCCUAGUGAUUCAGGGUCAUACAUUGUUCAGACACCUCCUGCGAGAACGUUCUACGGUGACGACCCAAGGACAUACCAGAUCAAGACAGCCCCACCACGCAUUUUUUACACAGGUGAUCCCUACACACCACCCAUGGAGCAUCACUUUCCAGCAAGGGCAUACUACACAGAGGGCCGUCAACGUGCUCGAGUGGUCCAGCCCCAGUCGGACGACUGGUAUGGCUCUGAUGUAUCUGGAUACUCCUCACAUUAUCCUUCCUCUUACGUUUCUCAGGUCACCCCGACCAGAGUCAGAACCAGUCAAGAAGCAGUGCUCACUACUACCUGGUACGCUAACCCUUGCAUUGAUACAACAAGGCCAGUCCAGGAGCCGAGGCCAUACUCGAGGUCCUGGGACAACAUCCUCAACACACAAGUGGAGCGCGAACAACCUCAGGCGGCACCACGCGGUCGUAGCUAUGAAACUCUCCUGGAUCAGGAGAAACCGGCCACGGAGGACAAACCGAAACCUGUAGUUGUCAACCUGUCUACUUCGCCAAGACGCUAUGCAGCCCUGUCUUUGUCCGAGAACUCCCUCAUCGACAAGAGUCCAACAGAAACUGGGAAGAGUGUAGGUUCAGGAAAACUUUGGUAUGUCACACCAGAGAUCACCAUCACUGACAAUGACAUUCGACCAGGAAUCCUCACUAAAUCAGAGGGGCGCUCAGCUAGCUGGGACGUGCUUGACUCCAAAACUUCGCCAGGCCGAGAGGAUGCAACACACGAGGCCACAAUGUCUUGCUCAGUGGACUCUACCAAAGAAAAGACCCACCACAGCUCAUCACUGCAGCAAAGUCUCGAGCAGCUCGAUGAGCUCUUAGCCGAUCUGGUCAUUGACUACAAACCCGGCUCUGGCAGAAGGCAUAGUGAAGAUCUGCUAGGCCAACUCAAGAAACUAAUCGAUGAAGAGGAAGCAGCAUGUUUGGCCAGAAAGGAUUCAAAGGCAGGAUCUGAGGGCUGCUGUGAUAAACAACCCACAUCUACCAGAAUGACCCCUGAUUCUUUCAAAGACACAGAUACACCCACCGGAGAAAACACUAGAAGCGAGUGCUCUCCAGACCAGAGUCCUGACGAAGACGACACUAUGAUGUGCUCCAACAGUAAGUGUCAGCGGACUGAGACCUUAUUCAAUGCCUGUCUGUACUUCAAAUCCUGCCACAGCUGCUACACGUACUACUGCUCUCGUAACUGCCGCAGGGAACACUGGGACGUUCACAAGGAAAGCUGCUUGUACGGACGCAUGGGUAGCAUUUGUCGCCACAUCAUCAAGCACUGCCGUGAGACGGCUGAUGUCCACAAAGCCUUCUCUCGUAUCGCCAAGGUGGGCUACUUGUCUCGAGGAAGAGGGGUUCUGUUUUUAGGAUUCCCAAAUCCAGGCUCAUCAACAAACUUCCUUCAGUAUGGCCUGGAAAGCCUUCUUAUGUCCCCAACAUAUCUUUCACUCCGAGAACUAGACAACUUCAGAGAAAACUUGGGGGAAUACUGCAAAGAGCUUCAGGAGGCUGGGAAGGAGUACGAUCCCAACGAAUGUUUCCUCUUGAAUGUAUCCAUCGCCGUUGGCGAUCAAGUGCCAGAUGGACCGUCGCCGCGCGUUCAAAGCCCAACUGUUAGGAAAUAUGCCAAGGUUGCUCUGGCCUCUUACAGCCCGGAGAAAAAGGUUCACAAGAAAGAAAACGACAUGGAAACGCUAAUCCUCACACCACCGCCGGGGACAGCCGACAUCGAUAAAGAAGGUGAGGAAGGGAGGAAAGCUCGAGAGAUCUGCUUCAUAAACAUCCAGCGCGAACUGAGGAUGCGAGGGGUGUUCCUGCGCCACGAGUACCCACAGAUAUACCAGCAGCUCUGUGAGUUCGUAGAGAACAACAGGAGGUUUACGCCCACCACCAUCUACCCGAUUGACAAGCGGACAGGAAAACAAUUCAUGUGCAUGAUCAUGGCUGCCUCGGAGCCCAGAACCCUGGACUGGGUAGGCACCCCUCAUCUCCUCGACGGCAUCAUUUAAAGCAAGUGCACCUUCCAAUGUACAUAAAACAAACAAAAAUAUAUAUGUAUAGAAAUACAUAUAUAUUUCUGAUACAGUACAUAACUCUAUAUAUUGGGCUUAUUUAUUAUAAAUGUUUGUAGAUAUGUAUUUUAUUAUUCACAAGAGAUAUAUUCCUGUCUGCGUGUGGUCAGUAUUAUUCAUAUUUAGAAUAUUGCCUGCCAAAUGCAGAUUAGAAGUAAUUUCUAGUUUGAUUGAUUGAUUGUUGUCAUGAUGUCAUAACAGUCUUUGUUCACUCUGUUUCCUACUUUUCAGAUUAGCACAUUAUUUUUUCAUGGUUGUACAUAUGUGUUUUUGUGAUUUUGAAAUGCCUUGGUCCGGUUUUGAAAAUAGAGACCAUUUCUGUUUUUAUAGCUUACAGUCUUGCUGUUUCUUCAUGCAUUGAUGCACUUAAAUGGAGGUCAUUUUCAUCAAAACCAGUUAUCCAACUGGUUUUUCUUAGGUUUGGUUAAAGGUCUAAUUUACCAUAUCUUAUUUGAGAUAUCAUUCUG